UUGAACACUCAUAAUUCCACUGGCAUUCAAUCAAUGCAGACGUGAAAAGCAGAAGUCGAAACAAAACUGAUCUCGUGACAAGUGUUAAGUGUCUUUGUAUAUAUAGCAAGAUCAAGCCAGAGGCUAUUUUGGGUGCACUGAACGAUCACAGUCAAACAUUAUAUAUAUAUAUAUAUAUAUAUAUAUAUAUAUACUUGUGUAAAAAUAAUAAACAUGGCGCAAAGUGAAUGUGGAAAUUUCUGUGAUGCUGGCUCAGCGGAGUCUUGUUGCAGUCGGGCAACGGAAACAGUUGUUGCCAGCAAAGUAUUUCCCGAUAAGAUCUACAAAUCGGUGCAGCCAAAGGGAGACCAUGUGACGGGCAUGACCUGCGAAUGCGGUGUAUUUGGCGCCAUUGCCUGUGGAGAUUAUCCUACACAGCUGGACAUCGCACAGAUGAUCUGCCUGGGCCUGGUGGCGCUGCAGCAUCGCGGCCAGGAGUCGGCGGGCAUUGUGACCAGCCUGGGCAAGAGCUCCAAGAACUUUGGCGUGCACAAGGGCAUGGGCAUGAUCAACAACAUCUUCAAUGACGAGGCCAUACGGAAGCUGAAGGGCAAUCUGGGCAUUGGCCACACACGCUACUCGACGGCGGCUGCCUCCGAGGUGGUCAAUUGCCAGCCCUUUGUGGUGCACACGGCGCACGGUGCGCUGGCGAUUGCCCACAACGGCGAGCUGGUCAACUGUGAGUCGCUGCGUCGCGAGGUGCUCGAACGGGGCGUCGGCCUGUCUACGCACAGCGACAGCGAGCUGAUUGCCCAGUCGCUGUGCUGUGCGCCGGAGGAUGUCUCGGAGCACGACGGACCCAAUUGGCCGGCACGCAUACGCCAUUUCAUGACGCUGGCGCCGCUCUCCUACUCGCUGGUGGUCAUGCACAAGGACAAGAUCUAUGCUGUGCGCGAUUCCUAUGGCAAUCGGCCGCUCUGUCUGGGCAAGAUUGUGCCCUUUGAUGCGGGCCAUGCCAAUAUCGAGGAUCAGCUAGCCGAGGGCUGGGUGGUGAGCAGCGAGAGCUGCGGCUUUCUCUCCAUUGGCGCGCGCUACGUUCGCGAAGUGGAGCCGGGCGAGAUUAUCGAACUGUCGCGCAACGGUUAUCGCACCGUGGACAUUGUGGAGCGGCCGGACUACAAGCGCAUGGCCUUCUGCAUCUUUGAGUAUGUUUACUUUGCGCGCAGCGACUCCAUGUUUGAGGGCCAGAUGGUCUACUCGGCGCGGCUGCAGUGCGGCCGGCAGCUGGCACGCGAAUCGCCGCUGGACGCGGAUCUGGUCAGCUCUGUGCCGGAGUCAGGCACUGCGGCGGCUCAUGGCUAUGCGCGCGAGUCGGGCCUGAACUUUGGCGAGGUUCUGUGCAAGAAUCGUUAUGUGGGACGCACCUUCAUCCAGCCCUCGACGCGUUUGCGCCAGCUGGGCGUGGCCAAGAAGUUUGGCGCAUUGGCCCAAAACGUGGAGGGCAAGCGUAUCGUGCUCGUCGACGACUCGAUUGUGCGUGGCAAUACAAUUGGUCCCAUCAUUAAGCUGCUGCGCGAUGCCGGCGCCAUCGAGGUGCACAUCCGCAUCGCCAGCCCGCCGCUGCAGUAUCCCUGCUACAUGGGCAUCAAUAUACCCACGCGCGAGGAGCUCAUUGCCAACAAGCUGAACGCCACGCAGCUGGCCAACCAUGUCGGGGCCGACAGUCUGGCCUACCUCAGCGUGGAGGGCCUGAUCAAGGCGGUGCAGAUGAACAAGACGCACGUGAAUCCCAUCAAGUCCGGCUACUGCACCGCCUGCCUCACCGGGGAAUAUCCGGGCGGUCUGCCCGAGGAGCUCAGCUGGUAGAAUGAGGCUCAGCUGAUGGGAUCGUUAGCUUAAGCCUAGAAUUUAGAUCUUCACCUCCUCACAUCAAUUUCUUAUGACUAAGAUAAAACCCUAUUUUUAAAAAAUAAAUAAAUUUAAAUUAUCUCACCAACUUAA